CAAGGGUGUGUAGAACACAAGCGCUCUUACUGGAUUAUUGUUUACAACGAAUAUGGCAUUUGCAGCAGCUGAAGACCAAAACAUUGCCUUAAGUGCACGUAGUCUCCAGGGGCCACACGUAAAGAACGUAGGAGUUACUGUUUCUUACCCAUUUAUCAAGCCAAAUCUACGGGGUGAGCCACAGCAGGACUUUGUUGAAAUAUUUAAAACAUUUGGGAAAGCCUGUCGACAGGGUUUCAAAAAGUGUGCCUGCAAAAGUACUGACCAGAAGGACAAAUUAACUCUUCAUGAGUCAAAGCACCUCAUCAGAGAACUGUCUGCUGAACUGGACAGAGUGGUACAGUUCAAGAAAUGCCCCCUGAUGUCAGGAAAGUUGAAAAAUAAAGGCACCAAGGAAGAACAGCAGUAUUAUAUUUUGCAGUGGGCUGAAGAGCUCAAGCAAUUGCAAAUGAAACAAAAAGAGGAAGAAGAGGGGCCAAGCACCUAUAUUAAACUAAUUAAAAACGGCUUCUUAGCUCUUCAAUUUGUCUCUGUGAUGUUUGGCCACUUUAUUGCUGCUUUCAGCUUUUUUCUUUGUUUACCACAGAAACCAGCAACCCUUUCAGAGACUGACAGUGAAAUUAAACUAAGGAAAGCUAAAAAAAUAUUGUCUGAUUGGUCUUGGAAACUAAAACAAAUGAAACAGAACUCAGUAUGUCUAAAGGGUGAAUUUGAAGAAACAAUGAAGGAUCUUCACAAACAGUGGAAAAACCGGGAAUCCAGCAUACUUCCAGUAAUGGACUGGAUGAUGUGGACUGUACUGCAGUCAGAAAGCUCUGAGAAUGCAUCCCCCAGACAGUGGGUGAAGAAUAAACUGAGGUCAAAAGAUUCAGUUGGAUUACAUAUUCCUAACUCAGUUUGGAAUUGGAUUACACAAUCAAAAGCUGCUGUAAUCCUGGAUCCUGAGUGGCGGGUGGGAGUUGUGAAGGAAUCUGCCUCUCGACAUGGCUUUGUCACCAUGAACACAAAAGCAGGAUACUGGAAUCUGCGGCUGCAACUGGGAACUUUGAUGGCUUUGACUGAACCAGUGACGAAACUCAACCUGCCAAAACCAUCUAAAAUUGGAGUUUAUCUGGACUUAGAAGAGGGUCAUGUCUCCUUCUAUGAUGCAGAGAAAAGGAGACAUAUCUACACCUUUAACAUAGAGUGUACUGGAAAGGAAAACAUUUACCCAAUGUUUGGCACUGUUGAGACAGACAAAGCAAUGGUAAUUUCAUCAUAAAAUGAAUUUCCCAAUAUAUAUCAUAAUACAUACCUCAUGAUUCUUAUUUGUUUUAACUAUACUGUAAUUCAGUGGUUCUCAAUCCUGGUUGUGUGUGCAAAAUGUGCAGAGCAGAGCAUAAAAAUAUGUUUUAGGUUUGUCUUUUGCUAUCAAAUCUCAAAAUAACAACUGCAAUAUAAAUAACUGUAAAAAUAUAAACUGUGUGUGAUUAAUGUUUAAUGUGUGUGUACUUGUGCCUGACAUUUAAAUCAGUGCAAUCAUCUCCUGAUAUUGUAUUUUAAGCAAUUUAUAUAUGUAGUAAAUUAAGUCAUUUCAAAUUUUACUUCUAUUUCAAGUGUAUACACUGUUGUGUUAUUCCUUUUAUUCACUAAAGCAGUUGUAAAGGUGUAAAUCUCUACAGUUUAUGUGUUUUACCAUGUUUUAGGAGUCAAUUCAUAGUACAGGUCUGCUGUCUACGUAGCCUAUGCAAGUAUACCCACACUGUUAGACAUUUGUUGCCAGUAAGUUACUAUAAUUAAGAUUUACAGUAGCAAACUGUACUUAAUUUAGUUGCAAACUGUACUGUUUCAUUCAUGAAUCAUUACAAGCAGUGUAACACAUUCAGUGUAGUCUGUCCCAAGCUAUUGUGGCGUUGUAGACACGGUGUAGGGCAAAUUGUGUCAAUCCAAAUAUAAUAAAUGAAGAAAAUAAAACAACCU